CUCGACUCGCUUGACUCGCUGCUCCUCGGCGCCAGCACGUCCUCACUUGCCUCCUGGCUCCUCGAGAUCCUGGACGAUGACCAGCUUAUCCCCGUCGACCUUGCGACGGCGCUCGCCCACGCAUCGGCCGUCGUCCGCCGCGGUCGGUGCGGUGACAUGCAGCCCUCAGGCGGCAGCCUCGCUGGGCCAUCGCAGGAGCCUGAGGCUGCGUCGGAGGAGCGCGAGGCGCCAGCGAAGGAGACUGCCGAUGGGCUGCGCUCUUCCGGCGGCGCGACGCGCACCGAGGCGCCGAGGGCAUCCGCAGACGAGGCGGCAAAGACCGAGAAGGAGAGGGAACUUCUCGCGAAGCUCGGAGAGGAGAGGAUGCAGCUCGGCAUCACGGCGAAAAUGCUGUGCCAGGGGGUGCUCGCGCUUGUGCCUCACCUCGCUACGGUGAUGUCGCCGGACGAGGUGCUCUCCGACCCCGAGCGUGCGAGGGCUUUGAUGCGAGAGCUCGCCCCCACGCACGCGUAG